CUCAGUAUGUGUAGAAGCGACUUCCAGCUCACGGCCCUCUCUCGGUGCAAGACCGCGUCCGAGUGACACCUCGUCUCUGCUCUCGCCUAACUCACUUAACUUAAGUGCCAUGGAGGAAUCAAGUAGUUGACGUUUCCUGUAACCUUCUCUUUUUAAGCUUUCUUCCCGUCUGAUCACUGUGAUCCUGAAACCGGUUUUACUGACGUUUUUUGAACUCUCCCUCGACCCGGCAUCAUGAAGUACAUCAUCGGCAUCGGCGGCGUAACCAAUGGAGGAAAGACCACCCUCACCAACCGACUGAUCAAGAAACUGCCCAACUGUUGUGUGGUACAUCAGGAUGACUUCUUCAAGACUCAAGAUCAGAUUGAAGUUGGUGAAGAUGGCUUUAAGCAGUACGAUGUCAUUACUGCCCUGGACAUGGACGCCAUGAUGAGUACCAUCUACGCAUGGCUGGACAACCCGGUGAAGUUUGAGAAGUCUCAUGGCGUCAAUAACACCCUGGAUACUGAGAUUGUCCCAAAAUCUCACGAUAAGGAUGAGGAGGAGACUCACAUCCUUAUCGUAGAGGGCUUUCUGCUUUACACCUACAGACCUUUGAUCAACGCGUUACACCAAAGUUACUUUAUUUCCAUCCCAUAUGAAGAAUGCAAAAAGAGGAGGUGCUCUAGGAACUACACGGUGCCAGACCCCCCCGGCCUAUUCGAUGGUCACGUCUGGCCCAUGUAUAUGAAACAUAAGAACAUUAUGGAGUCAUCAGAUGUUGACGUCGUGCAGCUAGAUGGAACCAAGUCAAAGGAACAGCUGUUCAACUUUGUCUACGGUGACAUCCUGAACAACAUCCAGAAGUCUCUCUAACAAACAAAGGUUUUACCAUCAGCUGAAAGGAGCAUGUACUCAGCCUGCAAGCAGAACACCGCCUCGCCUUAAGUUUCUACCUGGCAGCUUAUUUAGCUGACUGUUACAAUUUUUCUAAAUGUUUAACUGAUGGCAUCAAAUGUUGGCAUGUUUUUAUAUCUACCAUAUUUAUUGCUUUCUUACAGCUGACCUCAAAAGAGAUUUUGACUGAUAUGUUCAGAGGAAAGUUGCACUUCUGUGUCAAUAAAUAAUCCUACAGUCAA